ACCGGGCCGUGGUUGCUGUGUGCUUGCAGCGCCCGGAUGCUCGCUAUCGAUAUUAGUUAAGUUAGAAGAUGAUGAGAGCGGCCUUGAUGAUGAGACUUAGUGACCUGGUGUCUGACAGCUCCCAGCUGUAAUUUUCAACAUGCUGGGCUAGUAGUAGUAGAGACAUCAUGAAGUACAGCAUAUGCAUGGUUUCAGACUUCUUCUACCCCAGCAGCGGCGGGGUCGAAGCCCACGUGUUUCAGCUUUCACAGUGCCUCCUGGCUAUGGGUCAUAAGGUGAUCCUGGUAACACACAGCUAUGGGAACCGGGUUGGCAUUCGGUAUAUGACAAAUGGUCUCAAGGUAUACUACUGCCCAUACAAGGCCUUCUACAAGGGCAGUGUCCUGCCCACCAUGUUCACAACGCUACCACUGUUGAGGCACAUACUGAUUCGAGAGCAAGUUGAAAUCGUCCACGGCCACUCUGCGUUCUCCACGCUGGCCCAUGAGGCCAUGUUACAUGCUCGCGGCAUGGGCAUAAAGACGGUAUUCACCGACCACUCAUUGUUCGGCUUCGCGGACGCGUCGGCGAUUAUCACCAACAACUUCCUGCAGGUGUCGCUGGCCGACGUAGACCACUGCAUCUGCGUCUCCUACACAGGUAAGGAGAACACCGUGCUCCGCGCCAGCGUGCCGUCACACCGCGUGUCGGUGAUCCCGAAUGCGGUGGACAGCGCGGCCUUCACCCCUGACCCGGCGCGCAAACGUCAAGACCGGAUAACCGUGGUGAUGAUAUCCCGGCUGGUGUACCGCAAGGGGGCAGACCUGUUAGCGGCCCUCAUACCUCUCGCUUGUCGCCGCUACAGCCAGAUGCACUUCCUGAUCGGAGGGGACGGUCCGAAGCGCUCUAUGCUGGAGGAGACCACUGAAAAGCACCACCUGGCCGACCGGGUCACGUUCCUGGGCGAGCUGAAGCACUCGGAUGUGCGAGACGUGCUGGUGCAGGGUGAUAUCUACAUCAACUGCUCGCUGACCGAGGCCUUCUGCAUCGCCAUAGUCGAGGCGGCCUCUUGCGGCCUGCAGGUGGUCAGCACCAGCGUGGGAGGCGUGCCGGAGGUGCUGCCGCCCGACCUCAUCUGGCUCACAGAGCCCACUGCCCAGUCGCUUCUCUCCGGUCUGGACGCGGCGGUGGCGGCGUCGGCGCGGCCCGGCCUCUGCUCGCCCUGGGAAAGACACCGCCGCGUCGCUGCCAUGUACCAGUGGCAGGAGGUGGCGACCCGCACCGAGCGCGUGUACGGACGCCAGUCUGGGCAGCGCCGCGGCGCACCACCCGCCAGCAGGUCCAGAGGUACCUGUCCAUGGCGCCUCUGUCGGGCAAGUUCAUGGUCGUGAUUUUGUUCCUGCUGAAGUUGUAUUCGGCUCUGCUAGAACGACUGCAACCUAGGGAGGAGAUCGAAAUAGCUCAGGACUGGGGCCACGAAAUCGAGUCGGCCCAGGACUGGGACCAGGGCAUCUCUGGGUAGCCCAGGCCUGAGAGUCGGACUGCUGGUGCACCCCGUGCUCACAGCCGGGCGAGCUCCGAACUAGCGUAUGAACCAAGCCACAGCGCUGAGUGUGGACAGCUGGUUACGCCCGGCUUUGGCUCCAGUACGCGAAGCCCAAGUUUUGCUCCCGCAGACGGCGCUGAAAGUUAGUCACUCAGAGCUUCCAGUGACCGAACGUGUGAUACUCAAUCACCUGACAGAGCAUGCGCUUGUUGCGCAGCCGUUGGUCAGCCAUUGUUGUCGCAUUGCGAUUUCCAAAUCGUACGCCAAUAGUGGUAUUGUGGACGCAUUUUGAACAAUACACCGUGCCUUUUUUGGACGCGUUUGGACCUUGGUCUUGUGGGCCGCAUCUGAAAAUGUUGUGGCAGUGCAAUAUUGAUCCGGUUGUAAUAAAGAAGUAAUGCAUUUAGUCUGAAGUAAUGAAAGCAUGUUGUAAUGGAGAUACACGUGAA